AUGGCCAAGACUAUCGCGCUCGUUGGAGCCAAUGGGCUUGUCGGGAAAAGCUUCGCCAACAGUUUCCUCGACCAAGGCCUCGACCUUCGCAUCCUUGCUCGGGUUGAAUCAACCGAAUCCGCUGUGCUAAAAGAGUUAACAUCUCGUGGCGCAUCAGUGCAUGGAAUCUCAUAUGAAGAUGAAUCGAGCCUCAUCAAAGCCCUUCAAGGAGUGGAUGUCCUAGUUUCUACAGUCUCUGUGGCCGUAUUGACGACCCAAUUAGUCCUGAUCAAAGCCGCAAACAUCGCCGGAGUCAAGCUAUUCUUUCCAAGUGAGUACGGUAAUGUGUACGACCACCCCUCUAAUGAGAUAUCUCCAUAUCUUCAGCUCAAGAAAACAAUCAUCAACUCUGCUAAGGAAUUAGGUCUACCAUAUGCCGUAUUAAGCACAGGUGGAUUUCCUAACCUUUCUUUCCCGGUCGAUGUGUGGGGAGACGGGAAUGCAAAACUCACAUGGACAACUAUACCUUCGACUGCGAACUGGAUCGCCAAUGUGUUGAAGAGUGUCUCAAUUGAGCAACUCCAAAACAAACAUCUACGCAUACAAGGUGAUUCUGCAAGCGCAAACGAAAUCGUGAAGUUGUGGGAAAAGAAACACAAUAGCAAAUUAGAGGUCGUAUACCACCCGACCACAGAGUUAGAUGAGCGGCUGAGCGCGGACAAAAACGAUAUACUCGCUAUCAUCCUUCGUGAAUGGGCCUCGGGCCGCGGAGAAAUUGGAGGAAAGGAUAAUGGGCCUUAUCCUAGCUGGAAACCAGAUACCGUUGAAAGUGUGCUGUAA